AUGGAAUUGGCUCUUACAAAUGCCACCUACCGCCACCUCCCACGCCCCCUCUCCCUCCAACAUCACCGCCGCCCCUCGUCGAAAUCCAUCGCUUUCCUGAAAACAACAUCGUUUUCAUCGUUAACACCCAUCAAAGCCUCCUUCCGUAACCCUAACUACCAAACCCCUAAACCAGAAGUGACAAAAAUCGUAAACCCUACCCCAUUAUCCUUCCUCAAAACCACCUUCAUCACUGGUGUCGCCGUCACCGCACUUUGCUUCUCGCGUUUUACCCUCAAACCCGCAAUUGCCGUUCCUGUCUCUUCACCUCCACCUCCCGCCACCGUAGAAACCGCCGAUACCAACUCCGAAUCACUAGAAGAGGAAAAAAACCUAGAAGAACAUCUCUGCUCUCACCCUGAAGACAUCAACGCUUUGAAAUCCCUAAUGGAAUUGAAAAUUAAGAACGGAAAGGUUCAUGAAGCUAUUGGAAUUCUCACUCAGCUGAUUAACCUGGAACCUGAAGACAGCGAAUGGCAAUUACUCAAGUAUCAUUUGCAUUCAUACAGCGGAGAUCAUGAUUCUGCGAAAUUAGGGUUUGAACAGAUUCUAGCAAAAGACCCUUUACGCGUGGAGGCUUACCAUGGUUUGGUAAUGGCUGCUUCCGCUAAAGAAUCGCCCAAUGAUUUGAAAGAUGUGGAGAAAAGAAUCAUCGAGGGAAUGGAGAAGUGUAAGAAAGAAAAGAAGAAAGAUGAUUUGAGGGAUUUCAAGCUUCUGCUAGCUCAAAUCCGUGUAAUCCAAGGAGAUUAUGACGAUGCUUUAAAGAUUUAUCAGGAUUUAUCCAAAGAAGAGGCUCGAGAUUUUAGGCCCUAUUUAUGUCAAGGCAUUAUAUACACAUUGUUAGGAAAGAACGAUGAUGCUGAGAAGAGUUUUGAAAAGUACAGAAGGCUUGUUCCUAAGGGACAUCCUUAUACCAGAUAUUUUGAUGAUAAUAUGGUCGCAACAAAGGUUUUUGCACAGAAGGUGGAGAAUGAAAGAGCUUAUUCCAAGAGUUGA